AUGUUCAUGAAGCAGUACAACUACAAGCCUCGCUCCAACAGCACCUCAUCUCAAGACGGCUCUGCCGCCGGCUCACCACCCAAGUCCGACAGCAAGCAGACCCCGACCUCUGUUCUCGGCCAGACGUCCGCAUCUGGCCCUACCGCUGGUGCCGCUGCUGGUCGAAGACGCUCAUCUGCCUCGGACAAGUUCGCCGGCCUUAGCGCCCACAAACGUGGCAGCCAGGACGAAGGCCAAACGGCCAAGAAGGCCAGCUUCACCGAUCAGCAGGCCGGCCAGGGCAUGCUGGGAAAUAUGUGGAAUAGCUUCACCAAGGGUGAGGGCAAAUAA